GGACUAUGGGGGUAUGACCUAGGAGUGACGUUCGUGCCAAGGCACGGUGCAGAUGGUGACCUCAGAUGAGUCGAGUUUGGAGCACUAGGCUCUCUGCCCGUCACGUUUCUGUAACUUUCUGUUCUCUCUCGCAGGUCCGGCAGGUGAACUCUGAAGAGGGAAGGGAAACAGCAUGACACCACAAAGCUGAAACCCCUGGGAAGAGAAGCCGCUGAGGAUGCGUAGCACCCAGAGCCUGCCAAGCACACACGUAGAAAAGAAACUGGCCUUUGCUUAUUCCAGGCCCCAGAGACAGUAGUAUGCUUUUUCCAUUCCCUGCUUCUUCAGCACGUUGUCUGAAUAAACAGCUGAUGCCAUGGCAGAGAGCGCAGAGGCCCAGCCCACAUUCGAGGAUGUCUUCAGUCUUUUAUCUAGGAUGCCCGAAAAUAGACUUGUUAGCCUGAAGCUUAAGCUGAAGCACAUGAGACCCAGCACAAGCAGCAGUAAGUUACUGCAAGCCAUGGUCUUGCUGGCUUUGGGGCGGGAGGCAGAGGCUAGGAUCUGCCUGGAUGCUUUGGGAGAGGACACGGGAGCCUUGUAUGUGUGCACGACCAGACUGGGGUCUGCAGGGCUGCCAGCAGGCUGCGUGGACCCAGGGACGCCCCAGCUGGAUGCAAGUGCUCUGUGGGUCCUGGCACAGAUCUACUCUCUGCUGGUGGAGGAAAAGGUGUGCAGUCAAGACACCAAAAUCAGCGCCUACAGAGCUGCCAUUCGAGCUGCCAGGGCCAGCAAGGGGAACCAGGGGGAGCAGCUGAGCAGCCUGCUGGCGGAAGCUCAGGAGCAAUGCGGGAUGGACAUCAGCCUGGUAGAGAGAGGGGCCUCGUUUGAGACGCUGAGAUCAGACCCCACGCUGUUCCAGACUGCCAGCCCGGCCUCGGUGCCGCGCAGCACCCCGGUGCAGAUCAGAAGCGCGCCAGGUCUCUCGGGCCCACGGACCUUGCGUUCCUCGGGCAGCCCCGCCUCCUUCGUCAGCCACUUGGAGGUUAGCCAGUCCCCGACCGUGGAGUAUUUGACCUGCUCAACUCGCCGUCACAACAACCCUGGGCCCAGCAAACUCUGCGGAGGUGGUGCCAGCCCUGCCGUGCACUACAGCGGGGGCAGUGUCAAUCACGUUGCACGGGACCCCGAGCAGCUCGACAGUGCCGCCGCAACCCCCCUGCAAAGUCAGCCGAGGAGCUGUAGCCUCGGGGACCCCUGUGGCAGGAGCUCUCAUCUCCCAUUUCUUCCAGUUCCUGAAACUGGGCUUCCCUCGCAGAGUGCCAUGCACUGCCCCGUAGAGUGUAGUGAUCUUCCCAGCACAGUGCCGCCCAAGCCGCAGAGGCCACAAGAGAGUGUGCCCAAAGAGCCAAAAAAGGAGCCGCACGUGGGGCUGCCCGGCUCCAGUUCUGGCUCCCUCCGGGUGCCAGUGGAGGAUUCUUAUGUUCCGACAGAGAAUCGGACCAUGGCGUCUUCCUCCUCCAUCUUUCCCCCUCCCCUCCAAGCACCAGCAGCAGCACCAGUGACUGCCCCCUCAUCAGAGCCAGACACUGGUGAGGGAAAGUUCUACAGUUUUGUGGUCGUGCACGCCAUGGAGGACGUGGACAUCGCCUGCCGGGUGAAGGAGCUGCUGGAGAGCAUGGGGGUCCCAGACGGCGCCACGUUCUGCGAGGACUUCCUCAUUCCCGGGCACUGCCAGCUCACGUGCUUCCAGGACGCCAUCAACAACUCUGCUUUCACCCUCCUGCUGCUGACUGAGAACUUCCAGUGCCGCUUGUGCACGUACCAGAUGAACUCUGCCCUGAUGGACUCCAUCCUGCGGCUGCACAAGUACAACUCGGUCAUCCCCUUCGUGCCCAAGGAGUACCCCUUGAAGAAGGGGCAGAUCCCUGGUGUGCUGGCAGGGCUCGUGCCCCUGGAUGAGAACUCCCGGGUGUUCGCCAGGAGAGUGAGGAACACUUUUGUCCUCAGCAAGAUCAAGGAGCAGAGGACCAAGUGGAGUGAGAUACAGCAGAUCCAGGAGGCACACAGAAAGCAGAAGCAAUACCAGGAGCAUCUCCAAAUGGUGCGGCAGACCUUAGCGACUCUGACCAUUGGGUCCCAGCCAGGCUUGUUGCCCCCCAUGCAGCUGCCGGAUCUGACAGGACUGCAGCAGUUUCUGUCGAGCCUGUCGGCCCAAACAGCCUUAAUAAACCAGCCUCACCUGGGUGGGCUGUUCAUGCCUGGCUGCUCGGCUCCCUCCCUUUCCCAACCGGCAGGUCUCCCGCCAGGUCACCAAAAUGUGGUACCGGGGACAGGCCAGCAGCCCCUCAUCAUUCAGAAUGCACGGAUGGUGCAGAUUGGGGACCAUAACCAGAUGCAGGUGCAGAGGACCCAGUCGGUAUCGGAAAGCUCCGAUGAAGAGACCAACGAGUGUAACUGAGCGGAGGGGGCCAAGAGCUCAAUGCUGCCGGGAGAAGUUAGUGCUCGGUUGGAAGGCCCUUCAGCAGGGAUGGUCGGCCUUGUGACGUGAGCGCGAAACAAAAAGAUGUCCUACCUCCUCCCCUCCUGUGGAUGGGGAGAGUGGGAGGAAAUGCCUCUUCUCUGCUGUUGGAUGAGAGGACAUGGGCUGCAAGCCCAUAACAGCCUCUUCCUCCUUCACAGAUACCGGGGGAGGAAAGUGUUUUCCCAGUUUUAAGGGACCCACAAAUUUUAGAAAUAAAUUUUUUAUUAAUUUAU